AUUGUUGCUAACUUCACACUAUUUGAGCAAAAUGGCGUCCGGUGUGUUUAGCUUCAUCGCUCGAGUCCCGUUGUUGUGUUGAGGAAGAGCCUCUGUGUGUCCGGAUAAACCCGUCUGAACGGACUCUGUGCUGAAGGUUUCACCUCUGACUCAUCUCCCGGUAGCCUACAGAGCUACGGGAGUUAGCUUAGCAUGCUAGCUGCCGCCAGAGCGCCGGGGACGGGAGUUAGCUUAGCAUGCUAGCUGCAGCCAGAGCGCCGGGGACGGGAGUUAGCUUAGCAUGCUAGCUGCAGCAGCGCCGGUCAGAGCGGCUGUUUGACGGAGAGCAAACAGCGUUUCUGACGGAGUUUGUGGAGGAAAAGUUGGCGUCAUUGUGUGAAAAUGUCUGAAGUCCAGAUGCUGAGAGCGCUGGUGAAGCAGCGACUAACAGGAGGGCGGCCGUAUUCUCAGCUUUACGUGUGUCCUGCAGACGUCCAGCAGCUGUCGCUGAGGAAAGAAGAGGUUCCCCCUGAGCAGCAGGACUGGAGCCCCAGUCUGGACCAGGACCCAGAGCCCCCACACAUUAAAGAGGAGCAGGAGGAGCUCUGGACCAGUCAGGAGGGAGAGCAGCUCCGAGGGCUGGAGGAGGCCGAUAUCACCAAGUUCCCAUUCACUCCUGUCCCUGUGAAGAGUGAAGAAGAUGAAGAGAAACCUCAGUCCUCACAGCUUCAUCAAAGCCAAACUGAACAGAUGGAAACAGGAGCUGAUGGAGAGGACUGUGGAGGACCAGGACCAGCCAGGAACUCUGAUCCAGAUACACAUUUACAACCUGACACUGAAGACUCUUCUGAGACUGAAGACAGUGAUGAUGGUUGGGAGGAGACCAGAGAACCUCGGUCAGGUCUAAACUCUGUUAUAAACAAUCUAAGUAACACUGACAAAGAAUCUUUUAUCUGCUCCGAAUGCGGCAAAACAUUUGGCCACAAGACAAAUCUGAAGAGGCACCUGAGAGUUCACACAGGGGAGAAACCGUUCAGCUGCUCAUUUUGCAAUAAAAGUUUCAAUCGGAGGGAGCACUUGGUUGCUCACAUGAGAUGUCAUUCGGGAGAAAAACCUUUCAGCUGUUCCGUUUGUAACACGAGUUUCAGCCACGGUUGGUCAUUGGAUAAGCACAUGAGAGUUCACACCGGGGAGAAACCAUUCAGCUGCUCACUUUGCAGUAAGAGAUUCAGGCAGCGCUCAGAUUUGGUUGCACACUUCAGAAUUCAUACAGGAGAAAAACCUUUUUCCUGCUCAGUUUGUAACACGAGUUUCACUCAGCGUCACACUUUGGUUCAGCACAUGAGAACCCACACGGGGGUCAAACCUUUUACGUGUUCAGUUUGUGGUAAGAGAUUCUCACGAAAGGGACAUCUGACGCGACACAUGACGGCUCACACUGGGAGAAACCGUUCAGCUGCGGCGUUUGUGACAAAAGCUUCACUUGGCAGUCUCAGUUUAAAAGACACGAGUGUGUUUGCGAGGGCGGCGGCAAUAAAUGAAGCCGUGGAGCGGAAAUUAAACAUUAAAGCAACUGAGAAACUUUCUUACUGCCCACCUCGGAGUGUGAGAACAACAUGGACGUGUAAGAAUCUAUAACCCGAUCAUUGAGAAAUCGUUUAUUUCCUGUUUUCUGUUGAUCAGAUUUGACCAAAAACACUGAAGAUGUCUUAAAGUGGACCGAACAAUAUGGCACAGUUUCAAAAGUACUGUUUCACUGUAACACAUUGUUACUUCUUAUUUUAACUCUUGUUCACUUUUUGUUUCUUAAAGGAGUAUUUUUAGCAUUUUGGGAAAUAAACAUUUGCUUUCUUUCUGAGAGUGAGAUGAGAAGAUGGUUAUUAAUGUCUGUGUGUUAGUUGCAGAGCUGGAGUCGGGACGUGAUUAGCCUAGCUUAGCAUAAAGACUGGAAACAGAGGGAAACAGCUAGCCUGUCUGUCCAAAGUAAAAUAAAAUCCACCUACCAGCAUCUCUAAAGCUCACUGACUAACAUGUUAUAUCUGGUUUGCUAAAUGUACUUAACGUCUGACAGUAAAAGUCGUCCCUGUGCAGUAAAACGCUUCCUGUCAGUGUUUUAUUAUAUCUGAUGUUUCUGGAUUCAUAUUCCUGCUGCAUUCAUGUGUGUGUUGCAUUUUACUGCUGCAGAUGUUUCAGGCGACACAGGGUGUCUCCAUCUUCACAGGUUGUAAAGCUUUUGGAUUUUUAGUUUGAACGUAAACAAAGUGAUCGUGGAAGGUCGAUGAGGUCAUUAUUAUUCGUCUCCUUUUCUCUGCCAGCCGAGGUUUUGUCACGGUGUCUACAAGUUAAAUUUAAGACCAAUUUUGCAAUAAAAAUAAACAUCAAAUGUGAAACUAUAGGCGCAGUCUUCUGACUAAAUACAUAUAGCGUCAGUUCAGUAUUAUAAAAUGACGGUAACUGUUUGAGUUGAACAUUUGUCCAAAUACGUUUAUUAGUGUGAAAAGUAUAUAUUUGUCCUUAAAGAGACAGGAGCUAAAACGGCUUGUUUCAGACAGAGGACGACCUGAGGGCCGGUAGAAGAUGAAUACGGGUUUUUAACUGUGAAUAAUGCAAAGCGACUCGAGUCCCAGAAUAAAAAUACAGAGCUGAAAAUGAGCAUAACAGGUUUAAGGUUUUUAAGGACCCGCGGCCACCCUGUUUAUACGUGUUGAUACAGUUUUAUAUACGUAUGUUUAUAAACGCCGCACACAUGUGCUGAUUUGAACGUCAUCCUGUACGGUGACUACAACGCCAGAGUGCGUCUGUUUACGGCGGUGAAAUAAGGUAAUAAAGUUGUGUUUUCUCUUUUUAUUAACUUCUUUCCCCUCACUUUAUUGAAUACCGAAGUUGAACAGCGCUCUAAAAGCAACAUCUCAGCUUUCCAAUAUUGUAACAGUAGUUUUGAAAUUUCUGUACAGGACAGAAAGGUUGAAUGUCUGAUUCUGCUGGCAAAAUAUUAUUUACACAAAUGUAGAUCUCCUGUUUUUGAAGCAUUUAAAAACGAACUGACCGUCUUUUUAAACUCCCUGAGAUAUAUUAAUAGUAAGAAUUCAUUAAAACUACUUGACUCCCUAGAAUUGUGUUCAAGUGAUCCCUUCUCUCACACUGAGAUUUAUUUUGAUUAUUUUAAAAUUAUUUGCUUUUAUCAGUAUUUGUGGCAGUCAUGUUCUCAGUUGUAUUGUAAUGAACUAAUAUGUUCUACAGAUGCCUGUUUGAACUUCUGGAUUCAAUAAAGUGUGGGGGGGUGGGGGAGAAACCCCCAUCUUUAUUUCCUCACAUUUCACCGGCGGAAACAGACACACACUGACGUUGUAGUCAUCCUCAUCGGCUUUCCAUAAACAAGAUGGCGUCUAGUAAAGCAUGUUUAAAAGCAAAUUCCUGCUUUUCUCUGUCUCUCACAUCCAACAGUAAUGAACCAUCAGAGCGGCUGUGUUUCUGACAGAAGAGAAAGACUGAAGCCUCCUCGGGGGGGCGCCAGAGAGCUGAAGGGGAGGCAAAGAUACUGCAGGAGGUGGAUCCGAGUCAAAGAUCCUCGUUCUCAGAGUCGUAACUCCGUCAGGUCUGAACUCUCAGACAUGAAACUCACAUUGAAUCGUUCAGCGUGACUCACACUUCCAGAAGAGAUCGUCUCUCUGACGUCCGUCCAGAAUAAACCUCCAGAAAUCCACUUAGACACCAGAGAAGAAACCUGCUGCAGAACCUGCCUGAGAAUCCUGCUGUUUCUAAGUUUCCUUCAGUCUCACAGUGAUCCAGAGACAGCUGUCUGUCCGUCCACGGGUCCACUGCAGACAGGAGCUGCUGACUGCUGGUUCGGCUGCUCUGACGGGACAGUCUGACUGCAUGUGAACAGAUACAGGCUAACAGACGUGUCUGUAGAGAACAGCAGCACCGACCUGCAGCUGACAUCACAAACAGGCCUAUAUGUUGGCGUUAGCAUGUUAGCAUCUAUCAGAUUAGCAACAACAUUUCAAAUUUCACACUGAGCAGAUAUGAAAAUGCAGCAGAAGGAAAAAAACUCAGAUCCACUUUAAAACACGAGGACGUCGCUCUGGACGGGACAGACAGAAACACAGUUCAAGUAUCAGGUUUAUUGAUCAAUACUUUCUAUAGAUUAUAUUCCACAUUUAGCUCCCUUGUAUCAUUUGUUUGUUUGUAUGUUUCUGGGAUUUGUGUACAACAAGCUGCUCCAAACAAAUUGCCCCUAGAGGGAUUAAUAAAGUUGUUUGUAUUGUAUUGUUAUGCCAUUACUUACUGAAUGUCAAUCAUUCAAAAUAAAGGAUUGUUUAUGCAUAA